AUGGCGCCGGGCCCUGCCAUGGCGCCGCACCCUGAGGGGCUGCGCUGGUACCAGAUCCCCCUCUCCUCCGCCCGCGUGCCCCGCUCGGGGCUCUUCAGCUAUGGCUUCCAGGCUGGCCUGCAGCGCUACCAGCAGCUCCGUGCCCUCAAGCGCCUCCGGGUGGGCCGCCCCGUCGCCCCGCCACCCCCCGGCCUGUUGGAGCCCUGGCCCCCUGUCUCCCCACCCGCCAACAGCCCUACCCGGGCUUCCCACCGCCCAUGGGGCACCGGUGGAGCACAAGCCCCCCGGCACCCCAAGGAGUCUCUUGGCACCAGGAAACGUGUGAGCAGAGGGCGGCAGCUUCCUGGCACCGCUCAGCCCUGUGCCAACCAGCAGGAUGUUGCCAGGCGGGGGUCCCCACCGUGCCGGGCGGCACCGAACAGUUCCGGGCACGUCUCAGCACUGCCAGAGGUGGCUGCGGGGUCCCUGGGGGGUGAAGCCAACCGUGGGCAGCACGCUGUAGCCGGGAUGGUGCCACAGCAGGCAGGCAGGAGCUUUGGGGGGCACCCGCCAGGCACUGCGAGGGGACGGGUGUCCCCCGCAGACAGUGAGGACGAUGACCUGAUCCCGCUGAAGGACAUGCUGCUGGCAGGGGACGAGCCCCCGAGCCCUGCAGACCACCAGCAGGUUGCGUGCCCACAGCUGGAUCCGCUUGCCAACAGCCUGGAUUCACUAGUCCGGGAGAAGAGGGAACAGAGCCAGGCGGGCAUGUUGCAUGCCGGCGUGGCGUGGGUGCACGUGGACGACGCCAGUCCCUGUGAGUCCCCGGAUGAGGACGCCCAGCUGGCCAAGGAGCAGAGGUACCCCUGCCAGCCAUGCCUGGGGUUAGGAGGCUCCACACGGUGCCCACUCCCUGCCCGACGCUGCCCUCCUGCCCGUAGGGAUUUCCUUGCCCGCUUCACCGUGAAACCCAAAUUCAUCCCCGCUGUCCACCCCGGGGAAAACAUCUUCUGUGCCCGCCCGGCGCCAGCACCCACCCUGGACACCCACGGGCUGGAGCCUCAGAGCACCUCGGAGAGGUUCUUCCUCUGUGACUCGCCUGCCUGCCAGGCGGCUUUUGUCCGUGAUGGGGGCCUCAGCCUGCUCUACCGCUGCCUGCCAACCUGCCCGCUGCCCGUCCUGCGCUGGCUCUUCCAGCUAAUGACCCUCUGCCCGGACACGACCAACGCUUCCCAGGCGCUGUGGGAGAUCUGGCUGAGCACCGGCGGCGAGCCCUGGUGCCCCACAGUGCAGGAGAUCACCCAGGCUUUCGCCCGUCUUGGCGCUGACUUGAGCCCCCUGUGCCGCCGGCGCCUGCUGCCCCCCGAGCUGUGCCCCACAGGCGAGAGCCCGGAUCCAUCCUGCCCCCCGAGACAGGCAAGCCCUGAUGCCACCAGCAUGCUGGCCCUGGUCACGCAGCUCGGUGACAUCUGCAAGUUUCUGGCACUGUGCGUGGUCAUCCAGCCGUGCCGCUACACCGACGGCGCCCGCCUGUCACUUGUCACCCUCCUCUCCUUCCUCGGCCUCGACCGGGCACUGCGCUGCCAGCCUCUGCCCGAACUACAGCACCUCCUCCACUGCCUGCUGGAGGGCAUCCGGGACUGGUGGGAGCAGCUGCCUGCUCUCUGCCUGUCCCUCUGCCAGCUUUCUGGGCACCACCACAACCUGGUUGCCCUGGUGCAGCUGCUGCCGGAUCUCACGAGCAGGGGCAGGGAGCUUCGUCGGCGCCUGAGCCUUCAUGCCAUGGCCUCGCUGCUGAGGGAGCCACUGGGCACCGUGCCACCCGCUGGGGUGCACGCAGAGCUGCAGGCGCUGGGCCGGCUGCUGGUGCUGGCACAGCCAGACACCCUACGACGCCUGGUGCUCACCGGGAAGGAGCUGAAGGACGCUGACUGGGAGACUUGCUACCUGAGCUACAGCCUCCUCCUCCUCGCGAGCAACGUGGUGGGCACUGAGCAGCCCUCGGCUGAGCACCGGGGCCAUCUGCAGCAGCUCUGCGCCCAGCUGGACCGGCACUUCGGGAGGGGGCUGCGCGAGGGCACCCGGCUCCUCUUCCGCACCCAGCUCAAGGGCCUGGCCACCCUCCUCUACGUCAAAUGGCAGGAGAUGCUGGCCUAG